AUGUGUGACAACAAAGCAGCUAUUCAAAUCUCAGAAAAUCCGGUGCAGCAUGAUCGUACAAAGCAUGUAGAAGUAGAUAGACACUUCAUUAAAGAAAAGCUAGAAUCAGGGAUACUUGAACUACCUUUUGUGAGGUCUGAAGAUCAAUUAGCAGAUAUCCUAACAAAGGCGGUUAAUGAGAAAAUAUUCAGCAAAUGCCUGAGCAAGUUAAUUAUAUGCCAAUUAUAUGGAAAACGUUACUUGAGAAACCUGACUUGGGACGACCUUCAACAAAUAUAUGAAGUGUAUUUAGAAAAACAUGGAAUACCCGGCAUGAUUGGUGGUUUAGACUGUUGGCAUUGGCGUUGGCAUAAUUGUCCAACCGCAUGGCGAGGUCAACGCACACGUGGUGACCAGAAAGGACCGACGUUGGUUUUACAAGCCGAUGCGUCAUAUGACCUUUGGGUUUGGUUGGUCUUCUUUGGUAUCGCCAGGUGUAUGAACGACAUAAAUACUUUCGAGUUUUCACCAUUGCUAGAGGGUUACAUUUUGGGUACGAUACCCAAAGCCGGGUUCCAUGCAAAUGGGAAUGACUACACACAUGGAUAUUAUUUGAGUGAUGGUAUAUACCCGGAGUAUUCAAAUAUUGUGAAAACAUUUUCUGAAACUCUCGAUAUAAAACGACAGCAUUUUAAGAAACUUAUGUGGGAUAAAGAAAAGUUUAGAAUGGUGAUGUAUGCUUGUAUCAUAAUACAUAAUAUGAUUUUAGAAGACGAUGGGAAAACUAUAUGGCAAAACUAUUUUCUGGAUGAUGAGAAUUUGGUCGAGCAUGCUUGGGAGAUUUGCAACAUUCCACAAGAUGGCGACCACGAAGAAGAAUCCGAAGAAGAAGAGGAUUUCGAAAUUGGAGGCUUUGAAGACAAAGGUUUGGAUGACGGAGAUCACGACGAAGAAGAAGGCAACAACGGUGAUGAAGACGGGUAG